GCAGAGAACGUGGGGAAAUGCCGGGAAGUGGCUCAUAACCGUCUCAACCGCCACAUCGCUUCAACAAAAACCAAUCAACAGAAACCAUUAAUCUGCAAGUAGAAGCGCCUGCAUGCUCAAACAUGGCGUCGGAUAAACAUAGUGCACUGUAAGAGGAAACCAACAAUGGAAGAAAGUGGAUCACAGGAAGCUUUACGAAAAGGGCCAUGGAAAUUGGAGGAAGAUGAAGUGCUUUUGAAUCAUGUUAAGCGGUUCGGCCCCAGAGACUGGAGCUCCAUUCGAUCCAAAGGCCUUCUUCAGAGGACCGGCAAGUCCUGCCGUCUUCGUUGGGUCAAUAAACUCAGACCCAACUUGAAAAAUGGGUGUAAGUUCACGGCAGAGGAGGAAAGGGUAGUGAUAGAAUUGCAGGCACAGUUUGGGAACAAAUGGGCGAAGAUAGCGACUUACUUGCCCGGCCGAACCGAUAACGAUGUGAAGAAUUUUUGGAGUAGCAGGCAGAAGAGAUUGGCUAGGCUUCUGCAGAAUUCAACUACUCCUUCCAAAUUGCAGAGAAGCACUAGAAAAGAAAAGCCAGUCGAUUUUGAUGUUCCUUCCAUGGAGGCACCAAAGCUGAGCUGUGCAUCAGACGGGGAUGCAUCCUCAAGGCCAAUGUCGUGUUCAUCAUCUUUCAGCGCUGAUAAUGCUGAAGCUGUUGAUAUGUUCUGCUCGUUACCUGAUCUUUACAGACCCAAAUUACUUGGUUUUGGUCAAGACUUUGUUCAACCGGAAUUCAACCCAUUUCCGAUUACGAUCAAAUCCGAUCCACAAACCAAUUUCCACCCUCUGCCACUAGGUUCAACAUUUUCAUCUCAAGGACUACUCCAUGAUCCCAACAUUGAUGUUUUCCUUGAGCCUUUGGAUGUUUCUCAAUUAGAUAAUGAAGUACAGUUUCCGUUCGGGCUACAGUUUUACGAACCAAUGGGACGUUGCUCGAGUCAUGAUGUUGUAAGGGAGAAUGUUGAGAACCCAGAAAGCUUCUUCAAUGAGUUCCCUGCGGACAUAUUGGAUCAAAUAGAACUGCUUCCGAGCUCACCGGAGAACUGAUUCUUUUCCCCUUUCAUUUCUGUAAAAUGUUGGGAACUUUGGUUUGCAUCCUUAUCUGUGAAUGUCAAUUGGUGUCUUCAACUGAAUGUGUUUCUUUUCUCAUUUGAACUUGUAAAGUGAAAGGUAUUCGGAUUUCUUCCAUGUUUCUUUUGUGUUGCAACAAGUUUUAAGCAUAUAUCUAACCACUGAAUUUAUUAUAUUUUUCAA